AGUUUGUGCUCGAGGUGGGGCGCUUUGCCAACAUCGCUGUACGUGGAACCGCCAACAGACUGCUGCCAUGGGCGAGCCGGCAACCAAGAAGGCCAAAACCGAGCGUAUCUUCUUGUUCUCGUCUGAGUCGGUGAACGAGGGCCACCCGGACAAGCUCUGCGACCAGGUCUCCGAUGCCGUGUUGGACUGCUGUCUGACGGGGGAUCCUAAGAGCAAGGUCGCCUGCGAGACCGCCACCAAGGACAACAUGGUCAUGGUUGCGGGCGAGAUCACCACCCAGACGGCGAUCGAUUACGAGAAGGUCGUCCGCGGGGUAGUGAAGAAAAUCGGCUUCGACACCUACGUUGAUGACCUGUCCAGCGUGGACAGCAAGGGGCUGAGCGACACCACGUGCGAGGUCCUGGUGCGCAUCAACAAGCAGAGCCCCGAUAUCGCGGGCGGCGUGCACGUCGGCAAGGACGACAUGGACGUCGGCGCGGGCGACCAGGGCAUCAUGUUUGGCUACGCCACCGACGAGACGGAGGAUUGCAUGCCGCUCACCCACUCAGUAGCGACCAAGCUCGGAAAGAAGCUCACGGACGUGCGCAAGGACGGCUCACUCUGGUGGCUGCGCCCAGAUGGCAAGACGCAGGUCACCAUCGAGUACCUGCAGAAGGCAGACGGCUCUGUGGAGCCCCAGAAGUUCCACACGAUCGUCAUUUCCACGCAGCACGCUGAGCCCCUGAAGGCCACGCGGACCAAGGAGUGCGCCGGCUACACGGGCGCAGAGAUGACUGCACCCAGCAUGGAGGCCAUGAACAAGGAGAUCGUCGAGAAGGUGAUCAAGAGUACCCUCUCAGAGAUCAAGCUCAAGAACGGUAAACCGGCGCUCACCCUUUUCGGAGACCAUACUCACUUGCACAUCAACCCGUCUGGCAAGUUCAUCAUCGGAGGCCCCCAGGGCGACGCAGGCCUCACAGGCCGCAAGAUCAUCAUCGACACCUAUGGAGGCUGGGGCGCCCACGGCGGUGGCGCCUUUUCCGGCAAGGACCCAACCAAGGUUGACCGCUCGGCGGCGUACAUUUGCCGGCAGAUGGCCAAGUCUGUGGUGAAGAGCGGCCUUUGCAAGCGCGCGCUGGUGCAGCUGUCCUACGCCAUCGGCGUCGCGAAGCCGCUGUCGCUGUUUCUGGAGACCUACGGUACCGAGCAGGGCAAGCUGUCGGCCGAGGACAUCACCAAUGUGCUUAAGAUCGAGUUCGACUGCCGCCCUGGCGCCAUCGCGGUGACGCUGGCUCUCCGCGAGCCUAAGUAUCAAGAGACGGCGGCCUACUGCCACUUCGGCCGUGAGCCUUACACCAAGGACGGCAAGAAGUUCUUCGAGUGGGAGAACGCCAAGGACGUCAAGAAGUACGCAUCGAUGGAUUCGGCGCAGGUCGCGGCGGCACUGAAGGCGAGCAACUACCUGACCAAGUGGGUUGACUGAGUGAGUGGUUUCUCAUGCCCCAGGUAUGGUGCCCUCACAGAUUGAUGUGCUGCAGCUCAGGUGCCUGCGGCGCAUAGUUUUGCCAUUUCGGCACCACGCCCAGAUCCGCGAGCCCUUCAUCCCGGUGGGGAGCCUGUGCGUUGGGGUGGUCGGCUUGUACGCCUCUUGAAACCUCGCGUGACCAGACACCCUCGUCAGACUCAUAGGGCUGUCGACACAUCUCCCAGACACGGGAAACUCAGCCCUGGGCACUGGUAUGGAGCCCCCCGCUCCCAGAGCCACCUGGGAGACUCCCCUGUGCCCCCCUCCGAAGGCUCCAGAAGCCCCAGUGCGCCUUCAGUGCCCACCGCCAACAUUGCCACACGGCUUCUGUAGGAUUGGUUCUGGUUCUGGUCGUGUGGCGGCAUUGUUAUUAGGUAGUCUUCAUAAUGCAAGCGUGCAUUCCAAUAGCCGCGACCAAGAUCAGGAAUAGUUUUGGUCGCGGUCGCGGACUGGCAUGUUUAUUGAGCUAUUGCAAUAAUGUGCCCCGACCGCGCCCUGCCCGAGACUAAGACUGGUAUUGGUCACUGUCUCCCGGCGGCAUUAUCCUGAUAGUGCACCCCGACCGCGACCAGAGUCUGGCAACACAGAGUUGGCUUAAUUUACUUUGGCGGUGAAGCCUGCCCAGCAAGGGGGGGGUUAGUGGAACAGAGGGGCGCGUCUAGCACCA